GCGGUAGGGGCGCGGGGCUGAGCGAGCGUCCGGGCUCCGGGGCUCUGCGAAAGGUGGCUGCGGCUCCCGAGUGCGGCCCCGCUCCCUGCCACUGCCCCGGCCCGGCCACUUCUUUGCCAUGGCUCUGGCGGACAGCACACGUGGAUUACCCAACGGGGGAGGCGGCGGGGGCGGCAGCGGCUCCUCGUCGUCCUCCGCGGAGCCGCCGCUCUUCCCCGAUAUCGUGGAGCUGAACGUGGGGGGCCAGGUGUACGUGACCCGGCGCUGCACGGUGGUGUCUGUGCCCGACUCGCUGCUCUGGCGCAUGUUCACGCAGCAGCAGCCGCAGGAGCUGGCCCGGGACAGCAAAGGCCGCUUCUUUUUGGACCGGGACGGCUUCCUCUUCCGCUACAUCCUGGAUUACCUGCGGGACCUGCAGCUCGUGCUGCCCGACUACUUCCCCGAGCGCAGCCGGCUGCAGCGCGAGGCCGAAUACUUUGAGCUGCCGGAGCUCGUGCGCCGCCUCGGGGCGCCCCAGCAGCCCGGCCCGGGGCCGCCGCCACCGCCCUCGCGACGCGGGGUGCACAAGGAGGGCUCGCUGGGCGACGAGCUGCUGCCGCUCGGCUACGCGGAGCCCGAGCAGCAAGAGGGCGCCUCCGGCGGGGCGCCGUCGCCCACGCUGGAGCUCGCUAGCCGCAGCCCGUCCGGGGGCGCGGCGGGCCCGCUGCUCACGCCGUCCCAGUCGCUGGACGGCAGCCGGCGCUCUGGCUACAUCACCAUCGGCUACCGCGGCUCCUACACCAUCGGGCGGGACGCGCAGGCGGACGCCAAGUUCCGGCGGGUGGCGCGCAUCACCGUGUGCGGCAAGACGUCGCUGGCCAAGGAGGUGUUUGGGGACACCCUGAAUGAGAGCCGGGACCCCGACCGGCCCCCGGAGCGCUACACCUCGCGCUAUUAUCUCAAGUUCAACUUCCUCGAGCAGGCCUUCGAUAAGCUGUCCGACUCGGGCUUCCACAUGGUGGCCUGCAGCUCCACGGGCACCUGCGCCUUUGCCAGCAGCACCGACCAGAGCGAGGACAAGAUCUGGACCAGCUACACCGAGUACGUCUUCUGCAGGGAGUGAGCUCCCCAGACCCCCUGGCGACUCCAGCGCCCACUCCCCCUCCUUCCUGCCCGAGAGAUGAUUACAGAGCCUCCCGCUCUUCCUCUGUCCCCUGGCUACCCUUCCCUGGUCUCUCCCUCCAGUAGUUGCUGGGCCAGACCCGUCCCCGUCCCCCCCAGAACCUGCAGUCACAAAUCCUCUGGGCCUCUUCGCCUUCUUUGGACCCCGCUAAUCGAGAGAACCCAGACACGUACCCCCCACCCCACGCUUCCUCUACUCCCUGUCGCAAACCGCCCCUCCCCGAGUUGGGACUUCAGUCUGGAUCUGGCGGGGCAGUGUGGCCACAAAGUCACCAAGUACCUGGCAAUGACUGAAUUGUUCAGAACCUGAUUGGACCGUGUCCAGUGUGUAGAAGAUUCCUUGAAAUCUUCUCGAGCCCUUAUGUCUCAUUCGCGGUUUAAGAGAUCAGAAUUGAUAACACUGGGGAUAGUUAGUGUUUUAAAGGGCCGUUACACAGUCUUUUUGACUCUUUGAAGGUUGAGUUUUUGAAGGCUGAAUGGAAGACUGUGAUCCUGAAAUCAGGACCGCAUGGAGGCAGUCCAGUGACCGUAAAUGAAUAAAGUUUUGAAAAGUUACAGGUAAAAGCAGAACAAUCUAGUGCUGGCACAGUGAAGGAUCCCAUCUUUCCCAUACAGAAUAAAAAAGUCUUCGCCUGUGGCUUAAACUUGUAGAAAGUGAUCCUCCUGCCUGCGGAGGUGCCCUUUUUCAUAGGUUUGUCGCCAGAAGCCCUUGGUUCCACUGGUUGACAUAGCAGCGCCUACUGUCAAAAGGGAGAAAAGGGCGCUGCCCCGCCAAGAGGGCAAGGCUGCCCAGGACUCCAAGACAGAUGGCAGGAAGACACCUAGCAGUGCUGGGAAGUAGUGCACGUUGUCAGUGUUAGGAAAGCCUGUAUUCUUGCAGUGAAUGGCAGUAGGAUCCUUAGCUCUAAGACUUGGGGGUGGGGUGGGGAGGGGAGGGAGGAAGGGGUAGGAAGGGUGGGAAGGGAGGAGCAGACAUACUCAUUUAUUAUUUGAAAGCUGGAAGUUUGUACCAUCCGUUUGAGUACAUGCACAUUUUAAAAAUAUCAAAUAGUACAUGCAAACAUGCCAAGCAUUUUAUAAAGAUUAAUAACAGACCUACUCUUUAACUGGCAGUUUAUUGAACUUACUGUUUUGAGUCCUAAGCUUAGAAAUUGCUAAUACUUAUAGAACUUAACCAAAGAGUUACCCAGUAGGGUUUUAGUUUUUGAACUUUUAUUUUCUUGUUGAUUAUAAAUCUUGAUGUUAAAAUCUACUUACUUGAGCAAAAUAAGUUUGAUUUUGGUUGCUUAGACUUAAAAUCUCUUAUUCAAGAUCCUUGUUUUCUCCAAACCCAGCAAAUGUUGACUACUGGGCAAACCUGAAUACCCGAAAAUGCCACUUCCUUCAUGCAGUUUGUUUGAAGUUAAGGUGGAAUCUUUGCAAGUGGCAGAGCUACAGAGAAAUAUAAGCACCAAGGGCUGCCCAUCUGUAGAUAGCUGUAAAAUGGAAUAUGUUUAAAUGAAGGCAAAUGAGUACUUAAAAGUGAGCUGAGCAAUAAAAUGGUGUUUUAGGUAAAUGCAGCAGAAACAGAAGGAGACCUGGUUGCCUUAUGCCUUUACUCUUACAUGGAAUAAAUUCCCAAUGCAUAUGCUGUGUGCACCAUAAGUGAAGGGAAACAACCCUCGUCGUGCUUCAUGCUGUGAGGUGUCCUUUGACUAUUCUGUGAUGACGGAGAAGACUUUCUAUUUUGUUUUGUUUCAGCAUCUUUAUCUGAAGUCUGUUUUUAAAGAUUUUGUAAGAGCCAUUUUCAGUGUUUAGUGCUAUUUUUCCUUCUUUUUAAAAAUGAAUCUUGUACUGUAUCUUACUGUAUCCAUACAGCAGUUACGAAUUGGAACAGUUUUAUUCUUAGACUCAUGUGAUCCAAUCUGUAUAUACCAUAUAUAAGCAUUUUACACGAAUCAUUUAGUUUUUUAAUUCAUUUACUAAUGCUAUACAGUUUCCUAUAUUUACCCCUAGUAACUUGCAUCAGAUGAUGUAUAUACUAAAAACAACAUGUUUUGAUGAGUUUCUUUGUCUAUGGGGAAAUUGGAUUAGGAAAAAAUACCUAAUUGUAAAACUGAGUUUGCUCCAUACUUUUUUUGCUUGGAUAUUAGUUGUAUGUUUAAUCAUGUGUCGAUUAACUGUCUACUUAAAAUCAAGGUACCUGUAUUUUUAAUCCACUAAUUUUUUAAAUUGGGAAAGCAAAAGAUUUAAAGUCUUUAUUAUUAGAGUUACAUUUUAAGAAAAGUAAAGUUAGUUUUAUAUACAAGGCCUGUAAUUGUAGGGAAAGUGGAAGCAGAAAUCCAGGGAGUUGUGUUUGCUUAUGUGUUGAGUUUGGUCUCAGACUAGAUAAUGCAUCAGAACUUACCUCUGUUUCAAGCCUGGAAUGAUUUAGGACUGUUGCUCACUGGCCAAAAGUGAGUAUCACAGAGAUUUCCCUACCCUGUGUGGCAUUUUGUUAGAUUGUUCAACAAAAAGCACGUGAUUGAGAACAUCUUAGGACAGAUCAAAACCACUGACAGAGGGCAAGACUCACCAAUUCUGAUCUCCCUUGUCAAAUCUGCUCAACUCCAGGACAUCAUGAGAAACUGCUAAAGUUUUGUCUCAAGUCUUAUGAAUGUUUAUUUUGUAAAACUUUGAGUUGAGCUAUCCCACUGUCUUGUACAUAGGCAUCUUACUCCUCUCCCCCUUGCUAUCUACACAUCCUACAUUAUUUGUAAUACUGGAUAUUUAAUGGUUAGGGACAGUAAACAGACCUCUUUUUCCAGGGAUGACUGUCUCCUUUAAAGUUGAAGUUGAUAAAUGGAAAGUCUCUACUUUUAGCCCAAAGUAAAGGCUGGGUAGGAAAUUCAUUUUACAUUGGGUAGACAGUAUAACAGAGGUAAGAUGACUUGGCAUGGGCACUUUUAAAUCCUCUCCUCUCCAUAUACUUUGGGCCACAAAAGGAACCUUUGAGGUCUAUGAAGUGGGCUGGAGUGUUGAUCAUCACCUAUGAGCUUGAAUGGGGGUAUUGAGGGUUCAUUUGAACCCUCCUAAAACACCAUUCAAAUAACCUGGGAAAAUGUCAUAAAUUAUCCAGAUAAUUAUGACUGCAAUAAUCUGACUCAGAUACAUUUACAUAUGUUGCUCUAAUUAUCAUUUCAUAUUCAUAGUGACAUUAGACUUUUAACAGCAAUUUUUAAAAAGGGAUUUAUUGACAGUGGGGGUUAAAAAGACAGGUACCAUGUUUCAUAUUUUUGCACCAAGUGAUUGACGUGUUUAUUUUUUAAUACAUGUAGACUGUGAACCAUAUUCAUUCUGAUUUUUCAAAUGGUGUAUUGUGGAAAAUAUUCCUUGAAGGUGUUAAAUUUAAAUUUUUUUCCCUUUCAAUGCUAUUUUUAUUCUUGUGUUUCUUAUUUGGUUUUUUGGAUUGAUAGCAAAGUGGUAAUUUAUAAUGCUAGCCAAAAUUGUCUUCUCUUUCAAACCAGACCCAUAUAUAUAUGUGUGUGUGUGUAUAUACAUAUAUAUAUAUGGCCUGCUUCUCUGAGGAAAUGCGUAAUCUGUGAAUACUCAGACAAAAUGGGCAAUUGGCAGUGCUCCUAAUAUAUUCCAAUUUUUAUUGGAAUUUUCCAUGAAAUGUUAUCAUUGUAUUACAGCCAUGUAAGGUAAAGCUUUGAUAAUUUUUUACUCUUCAAGUUAUGGUAAAAUCCAGUCUAAUAUUCAAAUCAUUUUUGUACUCCUACAUGAAAAAUGCUAAAUUACAGUGCAGACAUUUAGAAAAGUAUUGACUAGAGGGAUUGAAUUCCUUAAGAAUUUCUCUUACAGUCUAUAUCACAAAUACUUUACUCAAUUGACUUAAGUUUUUAAAGUAGUUAAGCUGAAUAUUUUUACUGUAAACUUACCAGAAUCAAUUCUUUGUUUGGAAUUUUUUUCCUGUUUUUUUGUUACCAUAAAUCAUUUAAAAACUAAAUUAAUUUUCUUAGAUGACCUAAGUCUGUCUGUUGAGACAUAAAUAAAGCAGUCUUGUUUCCAGUAUCUAUAGGACAUGAAAAUAAGUUUUCUUAUAGCCAGAAACAAGUUAUGUUAAGGUUAACUUGUCAUUGUCAUCGUUUUGGACAAUACAAAUCUAACAGUAUUAACACUUAAGAAUUUAGAUUCUCUACUGGGGUCCUUGAAACUUAGAUGGAAGAAAUUCAACCAGAAUAUCUAUAUUAGAAUAUAAUCAUGUGUGGUAGUAAGAUUGAGUAGUUGACCAAGAAUACUUGUCACUUAUACAUUUUGUGAUUUCUUUUCCAAGCCAAGUUUUUUAUUUUAAGUGUGUUUUGAGGUAUGUGUACAUCAAUUGUAAACUGUUAUACAACUGUCUUUGUGACUUUACAGUCAGGUAAAUUUUGCUGUUACUUUUGAAUACAAAUAAUGACAAUUCCUUUAUAACCAUUCAAACAGCAUUAGUAACCAUUUAACGACAAAACGUUAAAACAUCCAUUAUGGAUGUUAAUUUUGAAGAUGUAAAUUAUAUGUUGUUUAAUUUUGGGGAGGCAUCUGAAAAACUCUUAUCUGCUAAACAACGUAAGAUUCCCACAGAGCUAUCUGAGAUUCUGAAAUUGUUGAAAAUGUUAUAUGCUAAGUGAUACAUAUUAUUGAGUCAUUUUCCCAAAAUAUAAGGGGAGAGGGAAAAAAUAAUAAUAUUAUAAGACUUUUCUAAUGAAACAGAAAGCUAAGGAAAAAAAUCCCUGUAUAUUUUUUUAAAAAAAGAUGCUGUGGAAGUCUUUUUGGACAUGCCCAAACUUUGAGAAUUUCUUCAACUGUCUAAAUGGUAUAGAGAUUUUUGUUCUCCUUGUUCACAACCAGUUGUAUAACAGAAAUAUUCAAUGCUGUUUUCCUCCCUGUGUGUGAAGUAAUGAAUCAUUGAUUAUGUGACUUGUUAUGUAUUCUAUUAAACACUAAAAAAUAAAACGUUCACUCCUUUAA